AUGGCCGAUGACGCAGGCACAACAGAGGAGGCUCCUAUUACCUUCACUGUCAAGUCCUCUACCGAUGCCAAAUACACCCUGACUCUUCCGCUUACCACACUGGUAUCGGAUCUCAAGCAGAAGCUUUCUACAUCUGAAUAUGCCGAUACGCCAGCAGAACGUCAACGAUUGAUCUAUUCGGGCAGGGUCUUGAAGGACACGGAGACACUAGAUGUCUACAAGAUUAAGGAUGGCCAUACUAUCCAUCUCGUGAAGAGCGCCGCCAGCAACCAACAGCGCCAAAACACAGCUGCUCAGCCCAACUCAACCACUUCCGCCACUGGAGCGACCCCAACCCCAGCAGCUGCUGGGGUUCCAACUAAUCUUGCAGCUGGCACUGGCAACAAUCCACUUGCCGGUCUGACAGGUGCCCGUUAUGCAGGAUUUGCCCAGCUUCCUGGUGCGGGUCUAUUUGGCCCUGAUGGUGGGAUGGGACCUCCUCCCAGUACCGACAAUAUGCUUAAUAUGCUUGAGAACCCCCAGUUUCAAUCGAGCAUCAACGAAGCCCUGCAAAACCCUGCGAUAAUCGAUAUGAUGAUCCAACAGAACCCCAUGCUACGCGAUAUGGGUCCCGGGGUGCGACAGAUGAUGGAAAGCCCGGAGUUCCGCCGCAUGUUGACCGAUCCGAGCUCGAUUCGCCAAAUGAUGCAGAUGCAACGCGCCAUGGGAAUGGGUGGCGGACUUGGUGGUGCAGGUGGUGAAGGCGCAUUCCCUGCUCCAGGAGUUACCAACACAACUGCCGAAGAAAACCAGGGUACUCAGCAGCAGACACCGCAAGCCAAUCCAUUCGGAAUUCCUGGCAAUCCAAUGGGCGGCGCAGGCGGCGCAAACCCUUUCGGGGCUCUUUUUGGAGCCGGGGCCGGGGCCGGAGCCAAUCCAUUUGCUGCCAAUCCGUUCGGCAACCUGGCUCAGCCUGCUACCACACCAGGUGCGACUCAACCCGGCGCGCAAGGCGCUGAAUCUACCAACCGUUCUACACCUGCCGAUGGACAAACCCCUCAGGCUCCACCUAACCCCUUUGCAUCUCUACUGAACCCGGCCAUGUUCGGCAAUGCUGGACAAACAGGCCAAGGCGGCAUUAAUCCGUUCAAUCCCCAACAAAAUCCAUUUCUGCGUGAUCCCGCACUCCUGUCUCAAAUGAUGCAGGGUAUGGGCGGACAAGGUGGAGAAGGUGGUGCUGCUGGUGCUAACCCUUUGGCUGCUCUCCUUGGCGGUGGUGGCUUUGGUGGUAUGGGCGGUGGCUUCGGUGCUGCGCCGCCCGCUGACACCCGGCCCCCUGAGGAGAGAUUCGCGGAUCAAUUGCGUCAAUUGAACGAUAUGGGCUUCUAUGAAUUUGAGCGCAAUAUUGAAGCUCUGCGUCGGGCUGGCGGCAGUGUUCAAGGAGCCGUGGAGUAUCUCCUCAGUCACCCAUGA